CCGGUCAGCUGCUGGGUGAACAGCCCCUCCAGUGGCCAUGAGGAAGACUGACUCAGUCUUGAAGCGUUCUCCAUAGAAACGGACAUCAACAGUGAGGAGAGGCUGUCAUCUGCAGCCGACGGCAUAGAAACAGCAGGGAUGGCAUCCCGGCAAAUGUCGCCCUCUGAGGCUGCACUGAUUCCAUUAUUUCUGGGGAAACAGAGAUGCAACAUCACUUUUGUGGUGGGCAGCUCAGAGAACAUGAGGCCCGUCCUGGGGUCAGUGAAACGCCUGCUGAUCCAGACACUGCUGACAAAGGCUUCACUCAGGGAUUCUCUGUUCAACAUCAUGACAUUCUCAGGCAAGGUGAGGUGGGACUGACUGCUCAUUACAUCACCAACAUCUUAAAGGACAACUUAAAGUCGGCCUGCUGGUCCCCCCACAUGCUUCCCUGUGCUCCUGACACAGUCUACAUGGCUCUGUCCUGGAUUCACUCCAUCAGCUGCAGCCACGGCAGAGAUCUCCUGUCCGCCCUGAGCGUGGCUCUCACCGAUGCCGCAUGUCACGCCGUCCACCUGAUCUGCACCGACCUCCCCGACCGUCUGGACGCCCUGCUGACAGCCCUGCCCGCCCUGGCAGCUGGGAGGCCGGUGAACAUCUUCUACCUGCUGGACCCAGGCGGCCAGCUGGACAGAAACACUCAACACUACCUGCAGUGUCUGACGCAAGCCACAGGAGGGAGCUGUUACGUGAUUGCAGUUGGUUUGAAUGGAGGUCUGGAGAAGGUGAUUCCACUAUAUAUUGAGUCAAGCCAAUCAACAGUACCAACACUCUCUUCAGUCAAGUGUUGCUGGCCUUCCACUUCAGUCUCAGUCCCACAAAACACUUCAGCCCCUCUGCUCAGGUGCAGUCUGGGUAAUCCUCUCCGUCCUGUUACCUCCUGCAUGCUGUCUGGUCAAACCCUGAGUCCAGAGUUCUUCCCAGGAUGCCGAGUGCUGGCCAGGAGGGAGGUGGAUGGCUUCUACUACAUGGGCACUGCAAUACAACAAGUACAGAGCCGCGGAGGAGUUUGGGUUGUUGAGUUCGACCACCCAGGGAGCACCAGUUUGGGGGUCGUCUCCUCACAGAGGCAGAUGGUUUGUUCCCUCGACAUGGUGAACCACACCGGCGCUCACACACGCUGUCUGGUACCUGGUGAUGCUGUGCUGUCGCCAUGGGAACCAGAUCUGAAGAGAUAUGGGCCAGGGAGAGUGAUGGCCGCCACAGAGCGCAGAGAUGUUGAUGGUGUUAGGAGCCUCCGGGUGCUGAUGUGGAACAACUGUGUGUCUCUGGUUCCUGGCACUCUGGUUUUACCCAUUUCAGCCCCUCACCAUGACCGAAUAGUCAGGGAGCUCCAGAUCACAACACUAGCCUCUGGUCGUUGCUGCAGCUGGCUUUGUGCUCGCAGCUCCUCCUGCACUCCUCAGCUGCUCUGCAGAGACUGGUGUCAGUCCUCACCUCACUGCUGCUCAGUCACAAACCACCGGCCAUGUAGCUGUAGGUCCAGCAGCGGAAGACUGGAUGGAUUUGCGAGGGCAGACAACGAUACAGAUGUCAGAAAGUGUGACCCUGAGGUGCCAUCCUCCUCCUCUUCAUGUCUCUCUGUGGGUGAGACCAGAGUGACGUCUCCUCCUGCAGUGAAGCUGAGGAGUAAAGAGCAGCGUCCUCCCUGGAGGUACUGGAGAAGAACUGGUUCAGAGCCACAACACAGACAACCAGGGAGUGCAGUGCCCAAGAGGACAUCACAACCUGUAAGGUUCAGCUUCCCUGUCCCACAGAUCAGUGCCUCGCCCAAUCACAGCUCUAUGUUUCAGCCACUUCCGGGUGCUAAAGGAAGAAUAGCAAACAUCAGAGAUGUUCUUGGAAUGACCAACUUCAAACCUCGACCACCAGCUGGACUGCGGCCUUUCUCUGGCAUCAGUACUUCUGCUGUUUGCACAUAAUACAUCAGUGUAAGACAAAA